AUGAAUCGGAAAGGAGUUCCAGCUGAAAUGAAAGAUUUCAAGAACAGGGAGAACUUAUCAUCUGAAGUAUAUUGGCAGAAAGAAGGUCCACUAUCCUUAUCAUCAUAUGUUGUCGAUACAGCAACCGGGAAGAAGAAUGUGCUGAUGUUAUCGACACUCAAGCAAAUCCUUGGUACAACCAAAAACGACAGUCGUAACAAGUUGGCAUUGUACAAACUGUAUGAUUUUACGAAAGGUGGUACCGACAUUGUUGAUCAACGGAGGGCAUUUCACACAAGCAAAACCAAGUCACGAAGAUGGACCAUGGUAGCGUUAGCCUACAUGAUUGAUACGGCUCGUGUAAAUUCAUCCACAAUUUAUGCCUUGAAUAAGAAUGUCGAUCCUGUCAAACAAAAAUCUUUUGAGUAUGGAUUUAAGUUGGUUAUGCAAUUAGUCAAACCUCAUAUUGCAAGACGAACCAAACCUGUUUGCCUAUGA